CGUCGGAGUAUUGGAUGCUGUGUUUGUUUUUGUGUUGUAAAACUUAUAUCUUGAGCAUUCCGAAGUGGUAGAAAGUAACGAUUGUAUUUCGAGAGAGUCAUGAUCGUUUUAUAUUGAAAGUCAUGGUUUUGGCAUCCCAUGGGAUUUUUUCGUUCUGGUGAUGGCAUUGACGUUACCAGAGUGUUAAAUGGAAAGUUUCAAGACUUAUGGGAAAGUUGACCAGAAGUUGGACCCACAUGGGAAUUCUAGGGUUUUACGGGCAGAGAUUGUUUUCUGUGCGUGUGACAGUAGUGCUUCGUCGUGGUCCAGAAACUAGGCUCUCGCAAUAGACGGACACAUGCCGCUGACAGAGCUCGCGGCAACUCUCACUGCAGCUUCCUCUUUGUUCAAUGCCCUCAAGUCUGACUGUCUUGUGUGGUGCGCAGUUUGAUCCCUCUCGGUAGUGGAGAGAGCCACGGUCGAUAGUUGUAAUUUGCGCAAUUAUGACGUUGGAAUAGAGCAUGGCUGAGGUGAUACCAGAGGGAGCCUUGUCUCGGGCACAGUCUCCGCGAAUGUGCGUCUGGUGAGCGAAACGUGAUUGAGAGGGAAGGAAGUCUUCUGUGGGAGCGGAUUGGAAGCUUGUAAGCGAUUGUUGUUGCUGGAGUGGCGUGGGGUUGGAGGCGCGCACUAUGAUAGAGGAAAGCCAACCAAUCUGCGGCGAGACUGCCUCUCCAUUCGGAUGUAGGGAGGUUGAGGCGGAGCAGACACCUUCGCCAGGGUCUCAUGGGACGUGGUCUGGAUUUCCUGCGGAAUUGGGAAUCAAGCAGCGGGAGGGAGCAGUGGAGCCUACUAGGUCGCCACCCUUCACGACGGUGAUUCGGAAGACAAGCGUGUUGGGGUGCUUAGGGAUCAUCCUGGGAAGCUUGCUUUGGUGCAUCAUGCAUACAGUGCGCUCCAUUCAGCAGUGGCAACCUCCUCUGGGGAAGGAUGUGGACCCAUUCUGUUGGCCUGUUGUGAAAUCCUACCUCUUCCUCGUGGCUCAGCUCAGUUUAUUUGUCACCGUCACGCUCUUCGCGUUCACGAUCCCUACUUUAGUGAUGACAUGGAUCACAGCUCUUGUGAUGGAGUAUUUGUUUGGCUUUCGGGUCGGUAGGCGAGGUCAAAAGAGACUGAUCGAGUCCGCCAGGGGCUGGGCCAAGGAGAUGUCGUGGUCCACAUUCAAGAGCGCCAUGCAGGAAGGGAAGGUAUUUGGCGGGGCAGCUUUUCUGACAUUGUGCUUGCUACCGUGGGUCCUUGGGACGUCACACAUAUUUGCUGGACAAACAUGUCCUUCAAGCGAUUCUUCACCGGGUUCUCUGAGCUCCGGACUCAGCUCUUAGUGCUGCUGCCACACCCAUACAGCGUUCCCAACUGUCAAUCAAAAAGUACGAAAAACCUUACACUGCAUUGAAACAACGAAGAAUAAACCCUCUCUGAAUGUUUCGAUGCACGACUCGGAGUUACUCGGCCAUUUAUUCCUUGCACAAUUAUUUGCCACUAAUGUAAACGAAGCAUAUGAAGAGAAACUGGCUGACGAUCUUGGCAUACGAUCUGUCGUACCCCCAUAUCCUUUGGUCUUCCAAGGAAACGAACCGACAGGAUUGCUGGAUAGACCGCAACCUAGACAGUUGAUUACGAUCAUCGAACGUUCAUCAACUUGAGCUUUUUCGCUCAAUGUGCCAUCGUUUUCAGCUCGAGACGUCAAGCUCUUCGCUGUUUUUCGUUACCAAAUGACUGCAGCAUCCAAGACAAAUGGGAAAGGAAGACCCAGACCCACGCAGACAAACCCACAAGUAAGGAUUGAUCGCGAGCAUGGUGGUCGACAAAGCGUGCGUCGUACGGAGCUUGUGCCUUCAUCGGCAACGCACUGAUGGGAGAUCCGGACGAUGUGAAGAGAGGUUUGCGUCGCGGGCCUUCGCUAUGUCACGGACUAACUACGAAGCUUCCCGAUGCCACCUGUCAUAUAUCCACGUGUCUGUCUCGCAUAGCUAUUAAUGUAAUUGUAUUGUCAAAAAGGCCGUGACAAUUUGUAAGUCAAUAAAUAUGAACGUAUAUUUGAUGUUAUUCGUAAGAGA